AAACUGGUUUUGUGGGAAUUCCCGAUUACCACAUUUUGUACUUUUGCCCCUCUCGUUCAUCAGCAAUACGCACUGGUCAGCUGCGAUUUUUUUGGCCUGCCCUCUCUCUCUCUCUAUCUCGAUCUUCACGGCCCUGGCCACUUUUCGAUCUCUCUCACGAAAAUUAGGGUUUUCAGCUCCAACGACCCUUACUCUGUCUAUCUCUCACAGCUCCCUCGAAUCUCGAGCUCUCCGCUCCCCUUUCCGUGACCUAGAUUUCCUCGCGGUUCUAGGGUUUACAGAUCUGCACAGCUCUUGCUUCGACCCCUGCCGAAUCUCGCUCUUUCUUCGACAUGUUUUGGAAGCUCACAUCUCUCUCUGCCUCUUCACCUGUGGAGUCAAUAUUAGACAAGGAGAAUUUUACUUUGGAAGAGCUGCUAGAUGAAGAAGAAAUAAUUCAAGAAUGCAAAGGAUUAAACAGUCGUCUUAUUAACUUUCUACGAGAUAGAGCUCAGGUGGAGCAGUUAUUGCGUUAUAUUGUUGAAGAACCCCCAGAGGAAUCUGAAAGCAAACGAGCCUUCAAGUUUCCGUUCAUUGCCUGUGAGGUUUUCACAUGUGAAAUUGAUGUUAUUUUGAAGACUUUGGUCGAGGAAGAGGAGCUGAUGAACAUACUCUUCUCAUUCUUGGAACCAACUCGUCCUCAUAGUACCUUGUUGGCCGGGUAUUUUAGCAAGGUUGUUGUAUGCCUUAUGAUACGGAAGACGGUCCCACUUAUGAAUUAUGUUCAAGCUCAUCAGGAUGUUUUUCGCCAGCUGGUCGAUUUGAUAGGAAUUACAUCUAUCAUGGAGGUUUUGGUUCGACUUGUAGGCGCUGAUGACCAUGUGUAUCCCAAUUUUAUAGAUGUGAUGCAAUGGUUGGCUGAGAGCAAUCUGCUAGAAAUGAUAGUGGAUAAACUAAGUCCAUCAAGUACUCCUGAGGUUCAUGCUAAUGCGGCUGAAACACUAUGUGCUAUAACUCGAAAUGCCUCGUCAGCCCUAGCCAUUAAACUUUCUAGUCCAAGCUUUGUUGCAAGGAUAUUUGGUCAUGCAUUGGAAGAUUCACAUUCAAAAUCUGGCCUAGUCCACUCGCUCUCUGUCUGUAUUUCUUUGCUAGAUCCUAAAAGAUCAGUUGCAGCUUCUCCCAUGUUUCAUUCUUUUCGAACUCAACAUAUGUAUGAGCCUCCAAUCACCAUUAACCCUGAGACAAUUGGUGCAAUGCUCCCCAAACUUGGUGACUUGCUUACACUUCUAAAUGUGUCUUCUGAUGAGAAGAUACUGCCUACAACAUAUGGAGAAUUGAGGCCUCCACUUGGGAAGCAUCGUUUAAAGACUGUGGAGUUCCUUGCAGUACUAUUGAGAACGGGCAAUGAUGCUGCAGAGAAUGAAUUGGUCAGCUCGGGAACCAUUCGACGAGUCAUUGAUCUUUUCUUUGAGUACCCAUACAAUAACUCAUUACAUCAUCAUGUGGAGAGUAUCAUAUUGUCAUGUUUGGAAAGCAAGAGUGAUACUAUUGUUAAUCAUCUACUUCAAGAUUGCAAUUUGAUUGGAAGGUUUCUCCAAAUGGAUAAAAAUCCAAUUCUUUCUGGUGACAAUGAUCAGCCAACAAUACCUGCUGCUGGAAAACGGGCACCUCGGGCAGGAAACCUUGGACACAUCACUCGUAUUUCUAACAAGCUUAUUCAGUUCGGAAACAGCCAAAGCCGCAUUCAGGCAUAUCUACAGGAAAAUAGUGAAUGGAAUGAGUGGCAAGCUACUGUUCUGCAGGAGCGCAACGCAGUUGAAAAUGUAUAUCGAUGGGCUUGUGGCCGUCCAACUGCAUUGCAAGAUAGGACAAGGGAUAGUGAUGACGAUGACCUUCAUGAUAGAGAUUAUGAUGUAGCAGCUCUAGCAAAUAAUUUGAGCCAGGCCUUCCGCUACAAAAUCUACGGGAAUGAAGAUGCCGAAGAGGACCACGGAACCCUUGAUCGUGAUGAUGAGGAUGUCUACUUUGAUGAUGAAUCUGCUGAGGUUGUGAUAUCAUCCUUGAGGCUAGGCGAUGACCAAGGGAGUAGUCUGUUCACAAAUUCCAACUGGUUUGCAUUCCAAGACGAAAGAAUUGGUCAUGCACCUGUGAGUACAUCAGAGAUGAUGGAUGACAUAAACUUAAAUGGAACUGCAAAUGGUGGUAACAGCAGUAGUGAUGAUGAAGUGGUGGUUGGAGAGGAUGAGGAGUUGGCUGAAAGCAAAGAUUCUGUCAAUGGCACAUCUAGUUCAAAUGUGAACUUCCUGAACGGGUUUACUGGGAGUGGUUCCGUGAAUGGUGGGAUUUUGAACAAGGAAAAUGAGAAGGCAAGUGGUUCCCAUGAUUUAGGAUUCUUCAGGUUUGAGACACCUGACAAUGAGGAGUUGUUUGGAGAUAGGCCUUUACCUGAUUGGGUGGGAUGGGGCGAUUCAUCUGAUCUGCAACAAGUUGGUGGUUCAAGCGUGAAUCCAUUUGUGGAUCAUGAUAACUCUGAUGCAAAUCCUUCUAGUCAAGAUCAGUUAGUGACUUCUGAUGCUAGUUCCCCAUCAAGUGGAGAAUCCAUACUUCCAAAUGGCUCUUCAACCACUACAGCUUCUAGUGGUGAUGGUUCAGUAGGUAGUGAUUCGAGUCAGAGAUCUGCUGCUGUGCCCUCAUUGUUUGAAGAGGAUGUUGAGUUUGUAGGUGUUGAAUUAGAAGGUACUGAGAAGGCUAUGGAACAGGCUCUUAAGGAGGGGAUAGUUGGGGAAGCAGGGCCAUUGAAGCGAAACAUUGUACAAAAGGUAUCAGAGAAGGAGAGUUCCGACGAGGGUGGACCUGGAAUGAAGGAGUUCAAUGAUGCAAAUUAUUGGAGGGUCGAUCAAGAGGUUGCUGUUUUAGAGUGACUGUGGGUGGACGCUGCUAUGUUUCAACCUUAAAAUAGGAUCCGACAGCAAUGGACCCCAUUUUUGGUUGGCACAUGGUCCUAUGCAGCAGAUGUAUGUACAGUAUAAUUUUGUUUUCUUAAGUGGACUUGAUAGUAGUCUGUGUCAUGGUUAUUGAUCUUUAUUAGUUAUUUGUUAUACUUUGUUGUUGUUUAUCAUUCAAGGUUUUGUUUCCUCUUUGUUACUGAUUUAUGGGGUUUCCCAGAUCCAUCAUAAUCAUAUUUAUUCUUGCUAAAA